UGGAGUUCUAACGAGAGAGAGAUGCGGCCAGAAUGAUCGCGUUUCAUUCCUGGGUUCUUUAUUAAAAAAAGCUCUAAUUAAUGAAUCUUUCUUUCUCUUCUGUCCCUUUUCUUUUAAUCAGAGUCGUCAAUUUGGAAAAGGAAAUUUAUCUGCGCUCGCUUGCGCCCACUCGAGAAGAUCCACAAGCGAGUUUCUCAUCCGACAGCUUUGCAUCUCUUUCUCUCGCUCCCUCUCUCUUUCUCUCUCGCUUCUACUCGCCGAUCUAUUGCGCGCGUUCGAUCAGCAAAGGUCCAGUCCUCCUUCCGCCCCUCCUUCCUUCAGCUGCUGCGGUACAAAGUCUGGAUCGUCAAAAUUUCAUUGCUCGGUUUGCAUGAAGCGCACGUCACGAUAGCGCAAGGUGCAUCACAACAAGGACGAGCCAACCGCGAACGGCGAAGAAGUACCAAGGAAUCCAAUAGAUAUGGCAUUUCGUGAAUUAGUGGAAGGGGACUGUGGAGGUUCCAACUCUCUGAUACGUCUCACGUCGCAUUACGUGCAAGAUCAUGGCCUCAAAGAUGAAGGAAUUCGUCGACCGUUUACUUCGUCAGAAUCUUUCCAAACACCGGACGCAGAUCAGUUGGCCCAACAGUUCUUGGAGGAACCUGCUUGUCCACAGACAUUUCGAAUGGACAAUUUAUUGCAGGAGAUGAGGGAAAUUGAUCAGAGUAUUCACAUCCCAAAAACUGGACCUGAAUUUCUAAAGGAAUUGCAGAAUGACUUGGACAAAGCAUGGAAGAGUCCUUAUGUAACACAUACCGAACCUUUAAAUGACCAUCAAGUGAACGAGAUAUGGAAUGCAUGUGUACCUACUCAAGAGGAAGGUGUGCAUUUAGACAGGAAUCAUGAACUUGGGUUGGAUCCAAAAUGGGCAGAAGAUUUUCUAGAAUGUAAUACCGAUUCCAUACAGAACAAUGCUAAAAGUAAUAUUGCUCAAUCCGUAGAAGAUGAAGAUCCAAAUUUUACAUAUUCAAAGUUUAUGAAAUUUAUGGAACGAGAAGGUGACAUUCCAAUAGAAAGUAACCAAACGACGAUCAACUUAAAUAGUGAUGAGGAAUGGAUAGAACAAUUUAUAGAAAAUAAUGAUAAUCUCUUGAACAGUAACAAUAAAGAAGAAGUCUUGAAUAAAGUAGAAGAGGAAUUGGAAGCUGCGGGUUCAUGGAUAAGAGAAUUUGAAAAGGAAAAUCCUCCUGCAGAAGGCAAUAUGGAGUCAUUGUGGAAGCGAUUUCAAGACGAAUGGGAUAAGAUUUCUGCAAAUGAAGUUUCCUCUGCACACCCGUGGGUAUCAGAAUUCGAUACAUAUUAUGAUCCAUUUAAUAAGGAAUAUGAUUUUUCUGAGACAAAUCCUAUGAAAGAUUUGCCAAAUGCCUUGGAAGAAGGCAAGAGACGAUUAGAAGCAGGAGAUUUACCAAGUGCUGUACUCUGUUUUGAAGCUGCCGCCCAACAGGAUGAAAAUAACAUCGAAGCCUGGUUACUCCUUGGCAAAACACAAGCUGAAAAUGAGCAAGACCCUUCGGCCAUUUCUGCUUUAAAUCGUUGUCUAUGCUUGGAUCCGUCAAAUAGCGUUGCUCUCAUGGCGUUAGCAGCUUCUUAUGCAAAUGAAUCUUAUCAAAAGCAAGCCUGCCUAACAUUAAAGGAAUGGUUACUAAAGAAUGAAAAAUAUAAACAUCUUGCACAAGGUCCAGAAUCUAAUCUGAAAAAAGAUGAACAUCCAAAUUUCAGCGUAUCUACUUUAUUAUAUGACAAGGUAUACGAUGAAGUUAAAGAUCUGUAUAUUCAAGCCGCGAGGAUGAAUCCUCAUGAUGAAAUUGAUGCAGAUGUACAGUGUGGAUUAGGUAUAUUAUUUAAUUUAUCGAACGAUUAUAACAAAGCUGUGGAUUGUUUCCAAGCAGCAUUGCAAGUGCGUCCUGAUGAUUCCAGAUUGUGGAAUAGAUUGGGUGCCACUUUAGCUAAUGGUCAGCGAUCGGCGGAAGCUGUAAACGCGUAUCAUCGUGCCUUAGAAUUAUCGCCUGGAUUUAUUAGAGCACGUUACAAUCUAGGCAUUUCUUGUGUUAAUCUUGCAGCGUAUAAAGAGGCAGGCGAGCAUCUUUUAACAGCGUUGAAUCAACAAGCUGCAGGAAGAGGCCCACAGGCUAGCAGUGUACCGCCUAAAGCAAUGUCGAAUACAAUAUGGUCUACGUUAAGAUUAGUUAUAUCAUUGAUGCAUAAAUAUGAGUUAAUGGAAGCCAUAGAAAACAGAGAUUUGCCAAGGUUAAACAAGGAAUUUGAAAUAAUGUAAACGGGCGCAAGUGCAUUCAAGGUUCAUACAAUGGUUCAUUUUUACAUGGAUUGUUCAGGAAUAUAUUUGGGAUUACAUAGGUAAUCAACAAAAAAAUAUUAGAAUGUUUUUUUUCGAUAUAUUCUAUUUAAGCUAUUUAAGCAUUUAAGGUCAUCAUAUGCACAAAAAUUUUAGUUGUAAAUGUUAGGCUAUAAAUAUAUAAAUAUAUUAAUUAAUUAUAAUUCAGCAUUUUAAAAUGUAAUACCGCAAUUUUUAUUAUGAUUAGUCGAUUUGUUUACAAUCUUACGGUUAUAAAAUAUGAAAUAUAAAAUAUAAAAUUAUUCUUUUUGCAAUAAGUUUUUUACAAUUUUUUGUGAUGCUUGUAGUAUCAUUGUUAAAUCUGACGAUCAAAUUAAAUUUAUAUAUUAUAGAUAUAUUAUUUCUAGCUUCAGUUUAUGAUUGCAUUUAAGUCCGACAUGUCGAUAUGCAAAACUGAAAAUUGUAUUUAACAAUUGAUAUAAAAAUAUUGUUGAGCAUCAAGAUCAAUUUCAAUAAAAAAAUAGCAUUUCUUGUUAUUUCUUUUUCUUUAAAAAGUUUACUAAAAUUUUUUUAUGUGUGAUGGCCUUUUCAAAAUUAAAUUCUAGAAUAUUUUAGAACAGGGUUUCUCCCAAAUCUGUAUGGAUCACGAUCUAUUAUUGGGAAUCCCUAUUUUAGACAAAUGCGGAAAAUGUAUAUACUGAGAGAUAACGUUUAAGAUAUUGUUGAAUUAUUGCAUUUUAUUGUAUUGAUUCUUCAAUUUUGAUAUCCUGUAUAUAAGAAUAUAUAUAAGAAAUAUAAAACUGGGACGAAUAGCUCAUUUAUUAUUAACACUACAAAUAAUUAUGAAUAAUAAUUGAAUAGUAUUUUAAGGCAAUUUAUUAUACUGCUAUAAAAAUUGUCAAAAUAUCUUACAUUCUUAAUAUCUAUUUUUGUUUUUAUACAAAGUAAAUAUAAAUAAAUAUUUUAAAUAUA